CCGGGCUAACGCUUGAUGCAAUCAGCUGAAAGUGAAGCGCAGUAACCUACUUGAUGACUUGACUAAUGGAGCUAUAGAAUUUAUUUUUGCACCUAAGACAAGAUCUGCUGGUCGAAACGUUUAAGACGUUGUGCAAUCCGCUCAUACAGCUCGGAUUCCCCGUUUUAGACAGAAUGGCCAGCGCUGCCCCUCAAGCACCCGGGUCGGCGGCCACCGAUAGUGCGACGACUGGAUCCAGUGGCCAGGCAGCGGGAGAAAACGCCAGCCAAGACAGUACCUUUGAGUGCAAUAUUUGUUUGGACACUUCCAAGGACGCUGUAAUAAGCUUGUGCGGCCACCUGUUUUGUUGGCCCUGCUUGCAUCAGUGGUUGGAAACCAGACCAAAUAGACAAGUGUGUCCAGUAUGUAAAGCGGGUAUCAGCCGAGAUAAAGUCAUCCCACUGUAUGGCCGAGGUAGCACUGGUCAGCAGGACCCCAGAGAGAGGACUCCUCCUAGACCACAGGGGCAAAGACCAGAGCCUGAGAAUCGCGGCGGAUUUCAAGGAUUUGGCUUUGGAGAUGGGGGCUUUCAGAUGUCCUUUGGGAUUGGUGCAUUUCCUUUUGGCAUCUUUGCUACAGCAUUCAAUAUCAAUGAUGGACGGCCAGCCCCAGCAGCCCCUGGGACCCCGCAGCACAUGGAUGAACAGUUCCUGUCUCGCCUCUUCCUGUUCGUGGCGCUUGUCAUCAUGUUUUGGCUCCUCAUUGCAUAAGCUAUUACACCCGACGGAUGUGAGGAUUGUCUUCUCUCUGAGAACGGCGAUCAAUGGCUAAGUUAUGGACAGCGAUUGCACAAGUUUGAACAAGGUUUCACUAGCGGUGACAGGUUUUUACUUUUUUUUUCUUUUCAACAGCAAUGGAUGAAGUUGAACAUAUCUUUUUAAAAAAUCCUCCUUCAUAGUGAGGUGAAUACAGUACAAAUUACUGUAAAUGUUCUCUCCUUGGUGUCCUUCCCUCCCUGAUUUAAUUUUAAAUAAAAACCAGAGUCUUAUUUCUCUUAA